CUCCCCGAUCCCUCGAAUUUAGUUUAAUUUAACUUAUUUAAUUUUCAAUCUAAUUCGAAAAAUUACAAACCGAAAAAAAAAAUCACAGGGUGAUCGAUCGAUUGAUUGAAUAGAAUUGUAUAAUUCAACGAUGGAGGUGUUGUGAGCUUAGUAAUUAGCAAUGAAAGGCGUCUUCUCGGCGCCCGGUGACUACAUCUACUUCAAGUCUCAGGUCCCUCUUCACAAGAUCCCGAUUGGAACAAAGCAGUGGCGAUAUUAUGAUUUCGGUCCUAAAGUAGUUCCUCCGCUUAUUUGCAUUCCUGGAACAGCAGGAACGGCGGAUGUCUACUACAAACAGAUCAUGUCGUUGUCUAUGAAGGGAUACCGAAUAAUCUCAGUUGAUAUUCCACGGGUCUGGAAUCAACUGGAAUGGAUUCAAGCAUUUGAAAAGUUUUUGGAUGCUAUAGAUGUUCAUCAUAUACAUCUCUAUGGUACAUCUCUUGGUGGCUUCUUGGCUCAACUUUUUGCUCAGCAUCGUCCCAGACGAGUUCGAUCGUUAAUACUAUCCAAUUCCUUCUUGGAUACUUGCAGUUUCUCUGCUGCGAUCCCAUGGGCUCCAAUAGUUAGUUGGACGCCCUCAUUUUUAUUGAAAAGAUAUGUCCUAACAGGAAUUCGCGAUGGCCCCCAUGAGCCUUUCAUUGCUGAUUCUGUGGACUUUGUUGUUUCUCAGGUUGAAACUCUUUCAAGAGAAGACUUGGCAUCUAGGUUGACUCUAACAGUUGAUGCUGCUUCUGUUGGAUCACUCUUGCUGUCGGACGCACUUGUCACAAUAAUGGAUACAAAUGACUACUGUGCAAUUCCUCAACAACUUAAAGAUCAACUGAGUGAAAGAUAUCCUGGAGCAAGACGGGCGUAUUUGAAGAGUGGAGGAGAUUUUCCAUUUCUUUCGCGCCCAGAUGAAGUCAAUCUACAUCUUCAGCUACAUCUAAGACGAGUUGGUGUUGAAGCUCGACCAGACUUGAUCAAAAGUACCCCCAAGGAAGGUAAUGGUGGGAGUCCUAGCGAGAAGAACAAUGACAAGAGAGAAGAUCCCGAUGAUCCACCAAACAAUGACAACGAAAGCUCUGAAAGCCCGUCUACACAAAAUCAACCACUUCCAGCUCCUGAAAAUUCCGAAUCUCAUAGUUUAGAUGGCCAGCCCCUCAACUGUGCAAAAUUCGGUGGCUGGGGUCAUAUUGUGUCAACUCAAAUCCUCAUGCAUCUGAUAUGGGAGAUCGUUGCCCUUCAUUUGCAGCCACUUUAUGUGGGAUCAUUGUACACUAUUUUGAACUAUAAUUGGAAAUUUAGACAAGCUGUGUGAAAUUGAGCAUUUGGGGAUUGUUGUUUGUGGUGUAAGUUAUACAAACAUUUGUUUCCAUGUUGAUUUUUGUUGUUGAUACCAAGUUUCAAGAUUCUUCUCA